AUGAGGGACGCCUUCUACUCCAACGACGAGACGUACGAGGCACAACCGAAAGCAGAACAACUCAAUCUCGGCGAGGCGAGCGCUGGCGGCACAAGCCCCCCAUUCCAUCGGCAGUACACCCGCCUGACUUCCUCCUUCCUCUUCGCCAUGCAGGGCUACGGCUACUCGCAGUACCAGGCGCACUCGCCGCACCACCAGCGCAGCGGCGAACUUCCCAAGCUCUACUACAAAUCCCUGGACCACGGCACCGAUAGCGGCGGCUUCAAUGACCCGGCGUGCAUGAAUUCCAGCAGCACGCCCGACGCCGCAGCAGGGGGACUUCGACUACGAGCCCAUCAGCACCCAGGCAAAUACUACGCGCUGUCGCCCAAGGCCUAUCGAUACAAAUGGGGCGGCUCUCAGAGCCGCUCUGAGAAGAAGCGCGUGCUCAAGCUAAACGAUGGCAUCAACCAUCACAAGACGCUGCAGGACGAGGCCGGACGAUCAAGCAGUCCAUCGUGUGAUCUUGAAUCAGAGUGCGGAGCGCGCCUAAAAGCAGGCGGAUCGCCGAGGACCAAAAUGGUGGUGGCUAAGGCGAUCUUUUCCGAGAAGAUCAUGGCCGACGCAAGUAUGUACACCGACGACACGGCGGCCGACAGCAGCAGCACUGUGGGCGGCAGCAGCAGCGAUGACGGCGAACGAUCGAACCAACAGGAGCUCACAGCGCGAGGGCGUACCGAGAGCCAAGGGCAGCUCAGCGAUCAAGAUACCGACUUAGACCACUCCUCCUACUUUGUUCUCUCGGACCCUAACUACACCUACGAGGCUGUCCCGGCUUUCACGCCGGAUGUCAACCGAACAGCAUCAAACAACAAGAAAAUUUAUGGCAAGCCGAUGUCUGUAGGGGAGUUUCAGAAUGACGAAGACUCGAGUCACAUCUACGCGUGGUUGCAAGCGUCCCUGAAAGCCUCGAAGAUAACGCUGACUAUGAUAAAGCGUCGACAGCGCCUGUGCGAGUGGGAUAUUGAACGCUUAGACGCUUUUCUCGAUUCCCAUGUUGAACACCAUAUCGCCAUGGAGGCAGAUGAAUCAUACGACGAGAAUGCUAUCCGGGAGCAUACCAAGGAGGGUUUUUUCAAAGAGCUCGAGUAUAAAGCUCGAGUCCAAGAAGCCGCUGCGCUCAAGUGGCUUGCUGUCUGGACGUAUCAAACCGAGGUCAUGUUUCCUCGUCUUGGGGUAUCGUUGAGACGCUAG